AUGUCAGAAAAUGCACAAGACUUACUGAAAGAUGCAGCUGCCGGUGCCGCCGCUGCAGCCGCUGCUGGUGGAUCACUAUUCAGCACAUUUGACAUAAUUGUGUUGGCAUUGUUGUUGGGAGGUACUAUAUGGUGGUUUUACAAUUCAAAAAAAGAAAGCAAGCGGGACAAAAUACUUCUGGAAAAAUACUCAAUUCAAGCAGCAGGAUCUAUACAAGUCACAGAAAACUCUUUUAUAACAAAAUUAAAGACUUCGGGAAGGAGUUUAGUAGUGUUCUAUGGAUCUCAGACGGGUACUGCGGAAGAAUUCGCUGGUCGACUUGCCAAAGAAGGCAUGCGUUAUAAAAUGAAGGGUAUGGUGGCUGAUCCAGAAGAAUGUGAUAUGGAAGAACUCACAAAGCUACAAGAAAUUGAAAACUCCCUGGCUGUUUUCUGUAUGGCAACAUACGGUGAGGGAGACCCCACAGAUAAUUCAAUGGAAUUUUAUGAAUGGUUAAAAAAUCAAGAUCCAGAUCUGACUGGCCUAAAUUACGCAGUAUUUGGGCUUGGUAAUAAAACAUAUGAGCAUUAUAAUGCAGUGGCCAUUUAUUUAGAUAAAAGAUUAGAAGAACUUGGAGCUACACGAGUAUAUGAAUUGGGAAUGGGUGAUGAUGAUGCUAAUAUUGAAGAUGACUUCAUUACGUGGAAAGAUAAAUUUUGGCCAGCGGUAUGUGAGAAAUACAACAUUGAAAGUGCAGGAGAAGAAGAACUCACGAGACAGUUCCGUCACGUGCUCCAUCCACCUGAUGAAAUUUCUCCUAACAGUGUGUUCACUGGUGAAAUUGCUAAGCUACACUCGCUACAAGUUCAAAGACCACCAUAUGAUUCUAAAAAUCCAUUCUUGGCACAGAUUACUGUCAAUAGAGAACUACAUCGUGGUGGUGACAGAUCAUGUUUGCAUGUAGAAUUAGACAUAUCUGAUUCUAAAAUGCGAUAUGAAGCUGGUGAUCAUGUAGCUGUGUAUCCUAUCAACGAUAUGGAUUUAGUAGAGCGCUUGGGACAACUGACAAAUGCCAAUCUCGAUGAAAUAUUUUCGCUUAUCAACACUGACCAGGAAAGCAGCAAGAAACAUCCAUUCCCUUGUCCAACAUCUUACAGAACUGCCCUCUCGCAUUACGUAGAAAUUACAGCAUUACCGCGUACCCACAUCCUCCGAGAGUUGGUUGAAUAUUGUUCUAAUGAAGAAGAUAAGAAGAAGCUGCUUCUGAUGGCCACAAACACUCAAGAGGGAAAAUCUCUGUAUCAGUCGUUUGUAGUUGAUGCUUGUAGAAAUAUUGUGCACAUAUUGGAAGACCUACCUUCAUGUAAACCUCCCUUGGAUCAUAUCUGUGAACUUUUGCCCCGGUUACAACCAAGAUACUAUUCGAUUUCUUCUAGUCCUAAGCUUCAUCCAGAGACGGUCCACAUUACCGCGGUCGUCGUCAAGUACAAGACUCCGACCGGACGAAUCAACAAAGGUGUCGCUACGACGUGGCUUGCUCAACAUAAACCCGAGCCGGGGAAACCGUUGCCUCGUGUCCCGGUUUAUAUAAGGAAAUCUCAGUUCAGGCUUCCAAUGCAGACCCAAACACCAAUAAUAAUGGUGGGACCGGGGACUGGAUUGGCGCCCUUCCGAGGUUUUCUUCAAGACCGCGCAUUCGUCCGCGCCAGUGGGAAAGAAGUGGGCGAGAACAUCCUUUACUUUGGAUGCAGACAUCGUGAUGAGGAUUACAUCUACCAAGAGGAACUAGAGGAAUACGAAAAGAACGGUGACGUAAAACUGAAUUUAGCAUUUUCACGCGACCAAGCGAACAAAGUUUACGUUACACAUUUACUCGAAAAUAAUAUGGACGAACUAUGGGAUGUUAUCGGAAAUAGGAAUGGAAAUUUCUACAUUUGCGGUGACGCGAAAAACAUGGCUGUGGACGUAAGGAACAUUGUGUUGAAAGCUAUAAAAGAGAAAGGCGGCCGCACAGAGACGGAGGCCGUGCAGUUCCUCAAGAAGUUAGAAUCCGUCAAGAAAUAUUCUUCGGACGUUUGGAGUUAAACUCCUGCACCGAGAAUGUUCACUCGAAGAAACUUCCUGUUCUAUAAGAAUGAAAUGCUAACAAAGUUUAUAAAGAUAGGCCUUAACGAUUGUGAUGCGAAACUCGUAAACUAUUUUUUACAAGAGAACAGUGAAUUUCAGAAAUUACUAAAACUAAAUAUUGUAAUAGAGUAAAAUGUUCAGCAAAGUUAAAUCUGAUAAACAAUUAGUUCGGUGGUUUGCGAUAGGUAAUUCCGGACACAAAUAUGUCGAUGUACCUUAAAUCAGUAAGAAAAGCAUUAGAAAGUCAUGAAAUAAAAUGUUCUAACAACAUGUACGUAUGGUACAUGAGUGUAGUAAAUUAAUUAUUAUAUACGGGCUUGCUGGUUGUGAGACCGGGAAAAUGAAUGGUUUGGAUGGAUUUUUUUUUAAAUUAUUAUUGGCAUUGUUGUCAACUGUAGUGUUUACAUGACAAUUCGACUAAUUCAGAUCUACGUAGUUCUUGCAAAAUAUUAUGUUGUUGUUCAAAUAACAGCUUCAACAAAUUUGUAAUUUGGUAUAAUUAUAGAAAGAACAAAAACCGCAUAGUGAGGCAAAUUGCAAAUUAAAUCUCAUUUAAUCAUUAUUUAAUUCGUAUAGCUAGCGUAAGAUUUACUUUCAAUAUAUUUAUUAAUGUGAUGAUAUAGUUAUGAAUGGAUAAGUAGCUCAUUUUUAUUGGCCAAAUAAUAACUAUUAUAUUAUUUUAAUACGAAAUGAAGACAUCAUUAAAUCUUGAAAAUGCUGGGCCCGCUCUAGGCUAAAAAAUAGGUUUGAAAAUGUACAUUAAUGAUUCCAAAUUGACCUAAUAAUACAAUUUAAAAAUAUAGUUUGUACAAUUUUCAAUCUGUAAAUAAUUGCCUAUUAACAAAUCCAGUGAAUAAUAUCUAUUCAAAAUUAUUGGGUGUAUCAGAUUUUAAACGUAAAACGAAAAUUGACUUUUAUACUGUUGUUAAUGUUAAUUGUUAUUUUAAAUACGUUUUUAUAUUUAUACAUACAGGGUCUGGUCAAUAAAUAAACUAUUGAAAUAAUAAUAUAAUAAUAUAUGGUACAUUUAAUUUCAAGAAGGCUGUCGUAAAAAUACUACAUAAAAUGUUACAUUUUUAUUUGUGUAAGUGGACAUGGGACAUAAGUAUACGUACUUUUAUAACAAUUACGAAUUUAUAAUAAAAAUUGAUAAACCCUAA